GAUAAAAUGAUAGCACGUUAAUCUUCUACUGGCUACCAAGCACAAUCGAACCACCAGACUUCCUGGUAGAUUAAUAUGUCUUCAACUGGUAAUAAACGGACACCUCCUUGCGAUCUUACGAUUCUAUACAGUACGUAAAACUUAACGUUAUUUAGGUACUAACGCAUGACCGUACGAGCUAUUCCCUCUUCCCUCCUCUAACGAAGCUUUGCGUACUGUAUAGAAAGUGCAAGGGGUCGACGCGUCGAAGCAGCGGGUUGCCGUGCUCUGUGUGACGCUGUUAUAUUGCGUUCUGCUAGGCAACAGGCCUUAUAACAAUUCCUGCUCCGAUAACAAACGGCCUUGUCCCAUUCUUCUUCUUCUUCUUCUUUGUCUCUUGUAGAACUCACUACUCUUGUCUACACUUGUGUCUGGCUAUUGUGUAUAUUUCUCUCAUCAUGGGUCGUCACAGUCCUCGACAGCAAAUGCUUCGUUACAUCUCUAAGAAACAAGAGAUUGCCAAAGGCAAACAACCCGAUCUAGUUGCCGACCCAUGUAACUCGUCAAGUACACCUGAGCCGGAACACGAGGCGAACGAUACAGACUCAUGGCAUUAUAUAGACUCGACUUGUUAUCGAGCACACAUAGAAAAUGUUGCCGGGAUUUGUUAUAAGGAGAGAGUGUGGGAAUUACCUCCUUGGGUUGACGAACUUAUCACUAAGCUACAACAACCGUCCGAGAACAUCAUGACAAAAGAAAAUAUGGCAGGUAAACUCCGCUACGCCAAGUUAGGUCUGGGAGAUACUGAAUCGAAGCUUAUAAAUAUCGUUGAUCUACUGGGCCACAACACACUUGGAAUGGCAUUUGACUGCGAUAUCCCGCAGGCGUCGAUAAACAAAAAGUUCCACAACUACCUUGUUCCCCGCGGCGUGAUCACUCCACAACCCAGCUUCACCUUUGGAUACCAUAUUUGCCACAUGGACAUGUCACCCGUCAAUUCAGUCGAGUCGUCCCUCGGAACGGAUCUGGACGUCGAUUCAGAGGUAUACUUCCCCUACAUGAUCGUGGAAGUAAGUUUCAGCGCGAACACGCACGGCUUCGAAAACCGGUGUCUCAGCGCAGCAGCAACAUGUCUCCGUCUAAGCAGCAAAGUACUCCAAGGAAACCUAGCCAUCUUCACAGUCGUCGUCCUGCCCGUCGGGCUAGCAGAGUUCUUCGUCAUGUGGAAGGACGGCGACAAGUACAUCAUGAAGGGGUUCCGCAGCUUUGCCUUGUACGAGCCAGACCAGCAUAUCGCGUGUCAGAUGCUGUGGAGCAAUAUCCGCAAAUGGGCCAUGGGCGAGAGGUUGGAGAACAUCAAGAGAGAUCUCCAGAAGGUGUACGACGAAAGAAGAAAACGGCCACUACCAUCCUCCGAGGAUCUGAUGUAUCCACUAGCCAAAAGACCACGGCAGACACACAUACACACUCCAAAUGAUGGCUGUUAACCAAGGUCAUCGGAUCAGGCACGAGCUGGUCGCUGAUGGAUAUUAUAUCAUGCCCAGCGUGAGCCCUACACGGUUACGGAGGAACUUGCUGUUUAGAGUUGAAUCGCGGGGAUAGGGGUACUGGAUGACACUCGAGGUUUAUGAAUGAAAUGUAAGACUCGAAAGGUUUUCAG